CUGGGCGCCGGCUGAGUUGACGGUGAAUUAGCGGCGGGAAUGGAGUGAAGAAAAGAGCCCCGGCGGUGGCUUACUGGCAAUGCGUGGCGGCGGGGCCGGGUGCGCGGGAGCUGGAGGCACAGCACGGCCCCCGGCUGGACGGGGAGGAGCUCGGAGCCAGGCCCAGCCCCCGGGCCCGGCGGUGCUUCCUGCUGUGGCCGGGUGGAGGCCCCACGCCGGCUGACAGUCGGGUGGAGAGCGCCGAUAGGUUCACUGAAGGGGUUUUCUGUCUUCCAAUUUCACAGCUCCCAUUGUUUGCUUGCGUUGUGACUAAAAUGGCAGUUCAUGGCCUCGUCCAAGAGUGAGGAGUGUGCUACAGAUCCCAGUUCUAAGAACUACCACAAAACUUUGAGCUCGAACAUAAAACCCUUCAGUGCUUUUCAAACGCAGGAGUGUAGGCCAUCUUAUUCUGUUGCCCAGCACCCACUAUGGGAAUGGGGUGGUUACCAUGUGAUUGUACCUGUAAGAAAAAAAAAUGCUUGCUUUGGAAUAUCUCAUCGUGUUCCUUCUCACUCCUAUCCUGCUAUGACAGGAGGUAAUGGCAGACUAACAAUGCCAAGUUCCUACAGUGGUUUUCAUUCUAAUGUUUUGGUUAGCCCUUUUGAAACCUCCUCAAUUUAUGAUCGAACUAAUCACAACUACAGAUCGUAUCAGAGGCUCGAGUCCCUUGGUUCACGGCUCAGUGGGCUAGGAAAUAGAACAAUAGCAUCUUCAUCAUGUUUUAAUGGAUUUAUCCAUUCAAUUCCUUCCAGAGCAACCUCUUGUGACAGCCUAAUGAAAUUGAACAGUGGUAUUUCACCUAUUACACACCAUUAUAAUUCUUACAGUGCAGGUUGCGAGCCUGUGUCCAUGAGCAAAAAUAAUCCUAAUCAUAUAGGUAAAUCUACUUCACUCUAUCGGAAACCAUUGUUAAACACUAAUGCAUUUAUGAGACCUACCAGUGCCAAAGUGCCUUUGCACCAGAAAUGGGAAAAAAGCCCCAAACCUAUGACUUCACAUGGUAACAAUGAGUUUGGAGAUGCUGAAAGCCUGGCUAAAUACAAUGGGAUCAGUGCCAAGGUCUCCCCUGGAAGUCCUGUUCGCCCUAACACAGAGGGUAAAAUUGAGCGACCCGUUCAUCAAAAUGAACAUUUCCGUAAUAACUUGAAGAGUGCUAUCAAACUAACAAAGAGCAUCCCUGGUGAUCCAGAGUUAAAAUUUACUGAAGCUGUGAAAAGAUCUUCAGAAGACCGCAUUCCAAAGAAUAAUGUCCAUGAGCGAUGUGUGACUUUUUCUAAAGAAACUGAAGGCUUGUCUUCCCAAGGUAUUCACCUUCACAAUGUUACAUACAACAGUGCUGGGGGAAUAUUUAAAAGAACUGUACCAAAUCUCAUUAAGGAGAGUAAUUUACAGUCAGCCUUGAAGUCUGAGUAUGUAUAUACCAAUGGUAACUUGGAACGUCCAGUUCAAGAAAACAGUACAAGUAAAGAAAAUACCAUCACUAGUUGUAGCAAAACAUCUGGUGUUUUGUCCACCAGUAUGAACAUCCACAAUAAUAGCCCGGUCACCUUACCAGAGAACAUUGGUAUGCAUCAGGGAUCUGACCAUACAAAGAAACAAUUGAUCUUUUCCACCCCCAAAGCUAAUGUUGGCUCACUCACACUUCAGAUAGCUGCCAUGCAGCUCAGGCCUGGAAACAAAAUUGUUACAGAUCCAGAAAACUCCAAGACCGAGGCAGAUUCUCAGGACUCAGAUGUUGACAUUGAAGGGGAAGACUUUGCAGAUGAUUUGGAAGAUGCCAGCAGCCAGGACUGUGAUGAAGAGUCUGAGUGUUCAACGAUUGCAGAUUCUUGUUCUACGAUGUCAGUGGACGAUUCAACCAAGAUGAAUUUUAAUGAAGCAAUGCCUGAGUCUCCUGAUAUAAAGAAUGCUUUUGAUGUUGGGUGUAAACAUCAAGUUGCUAAGCCAGCAUUAAUAAAAAGCCUGUUUCAUGAUAUGCCUUUGAUGAUUUACUUUGGGACACCGAAUGAGAAAAUCGAACAGUUGCCAAGGGAGCAAAGGAAGCAAAUGAAAUGGAAGAUGUCAGCUGUAACCCCCAUAGUUGUGAAAAACACUGUAGCCAGAUCCCACUUCAAAAUCACUAAAAGAUCGUACGAUUGGUUGGGUUGCUGGGGACACCAUAUGAAGUCACCACUUUUCAAAACUCUCCGGGAGCAUCAGAAGCUGAAUCACUUUCCAGGAUCAUUUCAAAUUGGGCGCAAGGAUCGCCUGUGGCGUAACCUACUGAAAAUGCAGGUACGAUUUGGGAAAAGAGAGUUCAACUUUUUUCCACAAUCCUUCAUCCUCCCUCAUGACAUCAAACUGCUGAAGAGUGUCUGGGCAGAGGGCUCUACCAAACAGAAAUGGAUCAUCAAACCACCUGCAUCUGCAAGAGGAAUUGGGAUCCAAGUCAUUCACAAGUGGAAUCAGAUCCCAAAGAAGCGGCCUCUGCUGGUUCAGAAAUACUUACACAAACCCUACCUCAUUGGUGAGAGUAAAUUUGAUUUGAGAAUUUAUGUCUACGUAACCUCGUAUGAUCCUCUUAGGAUAUACAUGUUUACAGAUGGCCUGGUCCGUUUUGCAAGCUGCAAGUAUUCAUCUUCCAUGAAGACGCUUGGUAACAAAUUUAUGCAUCUCACAAACUACAGUGUAAAUAAACUAAAUGCGGAAUACAAACCCAAUUGUAGUGAAAAGCUUUGUCAAGGACAUAAGUGGAGUCUUAAAGCACUGUGGGUGUAUCUGACUCAAAAGGGAGUGAAGAUUGAAAAAUUACAGGAGCAACUGAAGGAUGUGAUCAUUAAAACUAUCAUAUCGUCUGAGUCUUAUGUGAACAGCCAGAUAAACUUGUAUGUAAAGAAUCGUUAUACCUGCCAUGAACUGUUUGGAUUUGACAUAAUGCUUGACGAGAACUUGAAGAUGUGGGUUCUGGAAGUCAACAUUUCACCAAGUCUGCACUCAAAUUCUCCAUUGGACAUUAACAUCAAGGGGCAGAUGAUAAGUGAUCUUCUGAAUCUAGCUGGAUUCAUUAUCCCUCAAAAAGAUGUAACGCCAAAUCUCACAAAAAGUACAUCAGCAACCAGGCCAAAAAGUAGUGAACUUUCACCAGAUGAGAAGCUGAAGCGGGUAUAUUACCUGAGUCAGAAAUCGCCAUCCAAGGAUUUCUAUUCCACUCUGUUGGACAUCCUCACCCCUGAAGAUAUUCGGAUGUUAAUGGAGUCAGAGGAUGAGUACAAUCGUCGGGGACAAUUCGAACGGAUCUUCCCCUGCCUGUUGUCCUCACGCUAUCUCCGAUUUUUUGAACAGCCCCGGUAUUAUAACAUCUUGCUUGACCUGUGGGAGCAAAAGUACGGCCGGAACAGGCAGGAAGGAAUAGAAAUGCUGCAAGAACUGAGUUAUAGAAGAGUUCACUUGGGAUUAUCAGUUAAUCCUGCACAUGUUUGGCAUGCACCCAAAAAUAACUUUUCUCCAAAGGUAGAUGUCAGCCAGAAUGGAGUGCGCAAGCUGAACUCUUCCUCUGAGAGUCAAAGUUCACCACAAAGCACAGCCAUGAAGCAAGAAUCCAAUCCAUCACCACAGAAGCAGUUAGCCACUCAACAGCUGACCUGAGAGCUGUCGAACAAGCUGCUACCACAGAUGGCCAGCAGAGUCGUACUCGUUUUCCCGCCAAUCCCUUUCUGCUGGCAGAACCUACAGUCAAUUCCUGAGAACUUGAUUUCUAAGUCUACCUCAGCUGAGGAAGAGGUCAAGGAGAGCAAGGAAGUUAACCCUUUGUCAUGUGCAGACUUGUUCUCCGGACCGUAUUUGUUAAGCACAGAACCUCUUCAAUUCAGGACCUGGCGUUAACACCAGUUGUUUACUAUGUUAUGACAGUGCAAACUAUGCAUCUAUAUGAGUGCUAGCCUUAAGGAAAUGCUGAAUUAAUGUACAGAAAUUUUACCAGCUUCCUGCGGCACUCCACUCCACUCCUCGUUUGGCUGAUGUUAGAAAACAACUAACCUCUUGAUAAUCCUCUGUUUCGGAUGAACGCAAGUGCUACUUCUCCUGUUAUACUGUUAUACAGUAUUUAAAAUGGCCUUGCAAUUGGGCUGUAAAUUCUUGUGCUGAACAAAAUUGUUGAUCUAUGCCACCAAGAAUGACUUUGAAGUGACGUGAUAGAAGUGUUUUAUGACAUGCCCAGUGAAUAUUUGCAAGAUGUGUAAUGUUAAUUCUCAUUUAUCAUUAAGAUUCAAUGCAAACUUCCACUGCUGUUUUCUCUUCCAUACCUCACUGUGCAAGCAUCGCUGUGUGACCUGUCAUUGACUUAGUGUCUUGUGUGAUUUGAAGAUUAUCAUUCUUUUAUGCCAAAAAGCCCUCAAGGUCUAAUGUUGCCUUACAGCUAGAAGUUUCUCGCAAAAUAUUACUUUAGAAUUUUGUAAAAACUGCAAUGUUUGCAGAAACAGUUUACAGCAUCUGGUGAACAGUCUUGCACCAUGACUGCCUUAAUCAGUUGGUAACCAGUUGUUUUCUUUUUACAGGCUUUAAGAUCUGAGCUAAAUGACUGAUUAGUCUGAGAGUAGCAUUUGUGAUGACUUGAUAAAUGAUUUGUGUUUUCUGUACCCACUCGAACACACCCAGUCUUGUCAAAGUUAGAGUGUAUCAGUGGGUGAUAAUGGGAUGGGAAUAGUUCUGUUGCAAAGUCUUGACCAUAGAAAAGAAUGGGAAAAGGAUUUUAAUAGAAAAGAAUACACUGUGUAUUAACCAUCAGGUUAUGUUAACCUUGUUUGUGUCAUCUUCCUACGUGAGAUUUUGUACACAAACAACUGAACUCACUUGGGAGAGCAGGUUUCUGCCCAGAACGUUGGUCUUUACCUCUCAAAAGUUGAAUAAGUUCCUUCAUUUCAGUGAGCAGUUCUCACCUCUUUCUACCUAGAGAAAGUAUUGUCUCUAAUCUCCAUCUUUCAGUUGCAUGUUAUCAGAAGGUCAAUAUGGUGACCUGGAUAAACUGUCCCAACUAAUUUUGAGAGGAGUUGAUUUGACUGCUUGUUCUUGGAUGUACAAAAUGGCUAAAUUCUAUUGUGAGCAUUCGUACCCUCCCUCCCUUCAGGACAAAUGGUUCCAACUUCUAGUAUUAAUCAACCCUUAUGUGCAUACAUACAAAGUGCCUUGAAGAGUGAAGUGCCUCAUCCAAAAUUUUUUUUUAUUCUGUCACCCUAGGCAUUAAAAAGUGUGCCUUGUGUCCCAAUUCUGAUUGGUUGUAAAAGACUUAACCAUGUUGACCCUUCCAAAUGUAAUGAGAUGUUUUCCUCUCCCAUCGCCCCCACAAGGUUGUUUUGUUUUUACCUGUAUCCCUAUCAUUACGAAAGCUGAAGGAAUCCACGAAACACUUGGUCCAACUUGCUUCCUGCUGAAGCUUUUGGGAACACUUUAGCUGAUGGAGAUAAGCAUACUGAAGUUUGUGCAGUGAUGGGCUGCAGUUUCCUUUUGCUGGUGUUUCUGUAGCCUUUAGAAAAUGCUGGGAUUGCAAUAAAACUCCACAGCUGAUCUCAUAAACAAUGAUAAUUUUAUUAGAAAUGAUGAAAGAAUAGAACCAUUACUACCAUCAGAUUGAUUUCAUCGUCAUCUUUAACAUGUCUUGUGCUUACUCUAGUUUUAACGUUUACAAUAUACCUAUGAACCAGGGGUCAAACUAGCUCUGACUAGUAAAAGAACAACUAAUUAGCAAAGCAGUGGAUAUCCCUCAUGGGGUGCCUGCUCAGUCCACUUGGUUUAAUAAUAAUAAGCCUGUUGGUGCAAGAGCAAUUAGUGAUUGUCACCACUUGGAGCCCUUUAUUUCCCCCAUAACAGAAUCAGUCAAACUUCCAUCAUGGCAAUAAUUUGAAUAAGUUUCAGAACAUCUGUGUGCAUAUUAAUUACAGAUUCCUAAGGCUAAAGACUGAAAUGUGGUACUGCUUUAAACAUUAGAUUCUUAAUAAUAUUUAACAGUAAAAGGGUUGAAUCUACACCAUUUUUACAUGUAUCUGUAUUAAAUUUUAUACAGCUGGAAUGGUUUGAUAUUUUUCCAGUGUCUAUGAAGGACUAUAUGGGUAAUCCUGUAAAGAGCUGCGUCUCGCCUACAUCAGCCCGUUCAUGAAAGGAAUUAUUUACAAGACUGGAAGGUCUCUCAAAUUUUCAAAAUGGUUCAGCCUUUGGUUUCUCCGCCGCUAGCUCUGCACUUACCUCCAGCUGCAGGAGCCACUGUUCCAAUAAACAUAUGGAGAUGUGCACUAGUUACAAGCUGUGAUGCCAUUUUGUAAUAAUUCAAAAAUCUGUUCAACACACAACAGAUUUUAAAAAUCAUUAAUAAAGAGAACU